GUGUGUGUGUGUGUGUGUGUGUGUGUGUGUGUGUGUGUCCGAUGGCCCGUAGAAAGGAAUGCAGUCUUUUCAAUGUGGAAGUUAGCUCGUUUCCAGCAGUAAAAAAAACACAAGAUAACAUAGAUUGCUUUAAUCUAUUUUUUUUUUUUUUUAAAAACAUUUGCUGACCUGAUCAGAGAGGUGCCAGCGAGCUAUGACUCACCGUCUGUUUGAAGGCAAACAGCAUGCAUCUUCCUACUUUAAAUACAGGAUCUCUCCGGAUCAUGUGAUACAACAAGUGCUUGACUUUCUAGAAAAACAGAAAGGUCGUCCCUUUGAGUUGGCAGUAGAUGUGGGUUGCGGCUCAGGACAGGGAACAGUGCUGCUGGCCAAACACUUCACCUCUGUGGUGGGGACAGAUGUCAGUCCUGCUCAGGUGGAAAUGGCUUUGCAGCACGCCAAAGAGCCGAAUAUAACAUACAGACAGUGUGUGGCUGAGGAGCUGCCGUUUGCUGACGGCUCAGUGGACUUGAUGACAGCCAUGUCUGCCUUCCACUGGUUCGACCGGCCACGCUUUCUCCGGGAGGCCCACAGAGUCCUGAAGCCCCGCGGCUGCUUGACUCUGCUCAACUACACCGUCGACAUGGAGCUCAGCCACCCUGACUGCUGCUCUGACACACUCAACCAAGUCUGCAAAGAGUUCUACGCAGCCUUGCACCCGUACCGCAGUCCUCACCUCGGAGCCAGCUCUAUAGAGUUAUACAGGGAGGCCUUCGGAUCAAUCCCUUAUCCUGACAAGGAGUGGCAUGAGUGUGUGUGGGUCAAAAAGCCAAUGCCUUUGUCCAGCUACAUGGGUUUGGUGGAGUCUUUCUCGAGCUAUCAGGCUCUGCUGAGAGAAGACCCGCAGAAAGCCACCGGACUCUCCCAGGACAUCUGUCACAGGUUGAUGUCCAUAAUGAAGGUGACCUCUGCAGAGACAGAGGUGGUGGUGGCUGUCAAGUAUUUCUACCUCUUGGCCUGCAAACCGCAGGAAGCCUGACUCCCGCCAGCUCUCGCAGCUACAAUAAAGUCAUGAAUGUAGUUGACUUUGUCAUCCAGUAUUUUCUGAGCUGAUGUUUUCUAUUUGCCAUUUAAAAUACCUGUAAGUAUGAUAGAUGUACUUUACAUUUUGCUAUAUACUGUUAUUCACUCGUUACUGAGAGUUAGAUGAGAUGAUUAAAUCCAUUCUAACAUUUGUAUGUGAAUAUUGAUAUUAAGAUGGGGGAAACAGCUGGUUCACAUAGCUUAGCACAAAGACUUUAAACAAGGGGAAAUUUUCAACCAAGUAACUGAGAUAUAACGUAUUAAUCAGUGAAUAGUGGACUACUUUAUUAUUUUUUUCUUUAAUCUCAUGAAAGCUUUAGAAAUGUAACAAUUGGGAGAAAGUAAUCAAACGACGUUUAUCACUGCAUGUUUGCAUGUAGUCAGACUACCAGCUUGAUUACAUGUAGUUCACUUCUCCCCAACACUGCGUGCAAGUGGAGAAGUUGUUUUAUGAAGAAGCACUAGAGGGAGGCAUUUGACCAAAAUUGAUAAUCGGACCUCUUCUGUGUGUGGUACAUCACAUCAGGUCUCUGUCAUCACAUUAACUGACACAUACAGUAAAAUGUUAGCUGUAUAUAAUAAAAAUCAUGUUGAACAAAUGUAUUUCUAUGCAA